UGACCACAACAGCUUAGGAGAUCCACGGCGAGACGCUUGCCAUGAUCGACGACACGAGCGCAACUUCUCCUCGCCAGAUAAACUCUAGACACACAGCCUCGAGAAAGCUACUAUGCGCAACGCCCACACGCGCGGAUUAACCCGCAGUCGACGCACUACCAUGCCUGCUCCUCUCGCCCUACCUCCCGAUCGAUCCCACCCGCCCCAGACACACUUACAACAAGACACCCCUAUCAAGAGAAACAGAGAGAGGCAGCUAGCUCACGAGCCUCUACCGACGAGGCCCCGUCGACUCGUCCUUAGCAGCCCACCUCAGCGAAGGGGCCAGCGGCGUGCGCUAGAAAGGGGGGUGGGAGACGGCCGGGCGGCCCGGGCGGUCGCCAGAAGGACUACGUCGUCGACGCCCCAAGAAACACGCGAGACCCAGACUCCCCAGGCUGACCUAACUAGUAUCACGCCCUGUUGUCAGCGUGGCGGCCUCGCCUGUCGUCUUUGUUCCGGGGGGGUCCUUUGCCGCACGUUCCGGUUUCGGGCGCGGCUAGACGCGGCCGCCAGCUUUUGGAAAGCUAGCCCGCUGCUGGCUGUUCUUUGCCCCCUCUGCGCAUUGGCCCCGGUCUGGGUCUAGAUCCGGCGGGCGUGGUGAGGAGAUGGGCCCGCCUUUGAGAGAGGUCUUACAUGGUCGUCCGGGGUCCCCUUAAUCUUGCACGCUAGCCUAAGGUCGAUUGUCUUGUCUCCAGCAAUCAAUUCCAGCCUGUCCUUUCUGCCCGACUCGAGUCGAUGGUGGUGGAUUCAGUUUAGUCCUCAGACCGCGUAACACAAGGUCGAUUCGCUGUUGAUACAGUCAGGAUUGGUAACGCCU